AUGACCGUGGAUGCAGCAGCGGGUGGUGCAUUGAUGAACAAAAGUGUACGAGAUGCAAAACAACUCAUAGAGGAUAUGGCACAGAAUCAUUUCCAGUGGUCAGAUGAGCGCUCUUUAUCCAAAAAGAGCGGGAGGUAUGUUGUAGAUGCAUUAGACCACAUUGCUUCUAGAGUAGAUGCUUUAUUUCAAAAAUUUGACAAGAUGAGCAUGAAUUCAGUAGCAUCUAACUCUACUAACUGUGAAAUAUGUGGUAUCAUUGGACAUUCUGCUGUGGAAUGUCAAAUUGGAAACUCCCCUUCCCCUGAUGCACCAUUAUCUGAACAUGUUAAUUAUAUGAAUAAUUUUAAUCAGAAAGGGGACCCUUUUUCCAAUACAUACAACCCGGGGUGGAGAAAUCAUCCUAAUUUAUCCUAUAAAAAUCCACCCCUGAACCCAAUUCCUCACUCAAAUUUUCGACCUCCAGGUUUUCAAACCCCUAGACUCCCUUACCCUAGUCCCCAAAAGUCCAACUUAGAAAGCUUGAUGGAAAAUUUCGUGACAUCCCAGAAUAAGCAAAAUGAAGAAUUUAGAAAUCAGAAUAGGAUCAUGAAUGAUGCCAUUAAGAACCUAGCCUCUAAAGUUGACUCCUUAGCCACCCACAACAAAAUGCUAGAGAGUCAGGUCACUCAACUAGCCCAACAAUUUAACUCUUCUUCUAGGUCUUUGGGUAUGUUUCCUGGACAACCUAAAACCAACCCCAAGGAAUCUAUCAAUGCCAUUACACUUAGGAGUGGAAAAGAGCUAGAGACACCAAUGAUGAGGAGUGAUCAUAGGGAUGUGGGUGAUGAGAGUGAGAAGUUGGUGACAAGUGAGAAAGAGCAUAUUGGUGAGAAAGGGGAGAAGGUUGAGAGAUAUGUAGCACCUGCACCUUAUAAGCCUCCACUACCCUUCCCUCAAAGGCAAGUUAAAGCUAAGUUGGAAAAACAGUUUGGGAAAUUCAUAGAAAUAUUAAAAAAAUUGCAUAUUAACAUCCCAUUUGUUGAAGCCAUUUCCCAAAUGCCAUCCUAUGCCAAAUUCUUAAAGGAGAUUCUAUCAAAUAAGAGGCGAUUAGAGGAAUAUGAGACUGUAGCCUUGACCCAAGAGUGUAGUGACAUCAUACAAAAUAAGCUACCACCUAAGCUUAAAGAUCCUGGCUCAUUUUCAAUCCCUUGCACAAUUGGUGAUAUGUCAAUUAAUCGUGCUCUAUGUGAUCUCGGUGCUAGUGUCAGUCUUAUGCCAUUGUCUAUAUGUAACAAGUUACAGAUGGGAGACUUGAAGCCUACUACUAUCUCCCUCCAAUUGGCGGAUCGAUCGGUUAAACGUCCGGUAGGUAUAUUAGAGGAUGUACCCAUCCAGGUUGGUAAAUUCUUUAUUCCAGUUGAUUUUGUUAUUCUUGAAAUAGAGGAGGAUUCUCAAAUCCCUAUUAUAUUGGGAAGACUUUUCCUUGCUACCGCUGGAGCGAUAAUUGAUGUGAAGAAUGGAAAGCUCUCUCUCAAUAUAGGGGAUGAAAAGGUGAAUUUUGAUUUGUUUUCUGCUAUGAAGUUUCCACUAAUUGAUGAUACUUGUUGCAGGAUUGACACGAUUGACAUGGUGGUUAGAGAAGAUUUUACCAGAGAUAUCUCAAGUGAUCCACUUGAGAAAUGUUUAGUAAAGAAUGGGGUACCAGAUGAUGAUGAUCAGGAAAUAACUUCCUAUGUUACAAUGCUUGAUGAAAAGCCAACCUACACCAAAACCACCUACAUCAAAGAACCUGAUAUAGUGGUCAAAAUUGCAAGGGGGCUGAAUGACCAGGUUGUGUCUGUAAACACAGAUGUGUCAAAAAGCAGCAGAAACAGCCCAGAACAGGUUUGUGAAGAGAAAACUGCACCUGGGAAAAUGCUGAAUAAUGAUUCCACACGGCCAUGGUGUGUCCGUAGACACAGUCGUGUCAAAAAGCAGUAG